AUGAACGAAUUACAGAUCUCCGCUUGUGGAAAGGUGCAGAAAUACACUGCCAACGCUUUGCAACUUCUAAACAGUGACGAUGCACCGACAGUGGUGAUAAAGGCUAUUGGACACACCAUUCCCAAAGCCGCGGCUACUAUGGCGGUGACUGGCCGGCUGAAUCGAUAUGCUCUACGCGUAACAAUUACAAUUAGUUAUGUAGAAUCCAAAAGAAAUUCACCCUCUCCUUGCAAGCAAACAAGACAUCGACGGAAGCGGAGUCGUCUCUGUGCCGCUAAACAUACAGCAGCUCACGAAUCUGGGAUGCCAAUCAAGCAUGGUGGAUCCCUCGAUGGUCAAGCAGCUCAUCGUGGGCAUCGGCGCAUGCACCAGGGUGCCAUGGACUAUUCUCCGGCUGGAGUCACCACCAGCGAUUCAAUUGUAGAAUUUCUGGGCACUGUUGAAAAUUUUUCGUCAUUGCUUCCGGCGACGACAGCAGGGCGGUGUGAAGUGAAGCAAACUGCUGUCGUGUCCAACGCAGAUGCAACUGCGGCCCUGGGCCCACAACACUUUGGAGAUAAGUUAGGUCAUACUUAUUUUGCAAAACAUAUGCAUCAAUCCACAUUCGAUCAACGCGGGAAUCUGGAAGACAUAAUUCCAGUUGGGGCAAGAGGACGUUCUUCUCCGGUAACAGCAGCUAGGCAAAUGGCUUUGGGUAAGAGGUCCAGAGAGUUUGAAGCCAUCAAAAUUGGUUCUAAUUCCUGUAAACGUUCUAAGGUUCUCACUGAAUUGGAGACAAAGGUUAUUUCUCCGGAGGAUAAGAGGGGAGGCUUGCAUUUUAAUGAGAAUAAGGCGAGUCUUCUUCUAAGUCUUUUUGAUGAUUUUCAGUUGCAAGAGGUGGCUUAUAGUGGGAAUAAAUCCACAUGGACCAAUAAUAGGAAGGGUCAAGAGAAAAUUCUUGAAAGGUUGGAUAGGGCUUUUGCUAACCCUCUUUGGCUGGACACCUUCUCGGAAGCAUCAGUGAUAAAAUUGCCGAUUAGAGUUUCUAAUCAUGGUCCAUUGUUUCUAUCUACAAUUCCUCAUAAAGUUACCCUCACAAAACAUCUAAAGUUUCAGGCAUUUUGGUCCAAGACAGAGGUGGCAGAGUCAAUUCUAAAGAAAAUAUAA